CGGCUAGAAUUCGCAUUGAGGAAGCCGGUUGCUUUUAGUUUAAAGCCGCCCUAUGAAGACUUAACACUGUUUCAUGUCGUCUCUGUAAAAGGAGUUAAUACAAGUGAAUAAAUUGUGAUAUUUAGUGUUAGUGUGCCAAAAAUAGUGAAAAUAUGGAUGACGACCAGCAGUUCUGUUUAAGAUGGAAUAACCAUCAAUCAACACUAGUAGCGGUUUUUGACACAUUAUUGGAAAAUGGAACACUGGUGGACUGCACGUUGGCGGCAGAAGGAAAAUGUUUAAACGCACACAAAGUUGUAUUGUCUGCUUGCAGCCCAUAUUUUGAGUCAUUGUUGUCUCGGCAUUUCGACAAACAUCCAAUAUUAAUACUCAAGGAUGUUAAGUUCCAAGAGCUUAAAGCUAUGAUGGACUACAUGUACAGGGGUGAAGUGAACAUAUCGCAGGACCAAUUGGGAGCGCUCUUAAAGGCAGCCGAGUCAUUGCAAAUAAAAGGGCUGUCUGACAACAAAAGAGGCGAGACUGAGAGAAAACCGGCGCCCGCUCCUCCACCUUCGAAGAGCCCCCAACCUGCAGCUGCACUACCGAAGGUGCAAGGCCUAACGAUAGAGCAACGCAGCAGGGAAGACAGCAGAGAGGGUAGCCAGUCGCCUGGGCCCCGAAAGAAAAAGAGGAUGAGGCGCAAGAGCGAAGAUAUGGACAACCACGACGCCUCCAACUCCUCUGAAUCUCACAGUCUACCCGCCCAAAACAUUCCCUCAUCGUUACCUGCUGUAUCCAAAUUGAAUGCCGACGUGCCUGAACCUGUAGAAACCAAAUCCGACAUACUGACGAGGCAUAAGCAAGACGAAAUCCCACAAGUUCCUAUUAUCAAAGAAAAACUAGAAACUCAUACAGAACUGAUGCUUGAACCAAAGUCUGAGUAUGUAGAGGAGAUGAAUGAGGACAGUAUUGAGGAUUUGACAUUAGACGAUGACGACUUAAGCAAUAUGGAACAAAUGGAUGACGGAGCUGGGCCUAGUCAUGGCAACAUGGGAGAAGGAUCAAGCCAAGGUUUUGGCUGGCAUAUGGGUAAUCAAAGUCAAGAUGAAGUAUUUUUGGCCGCUCAAGAGGCCGUAGGUGCACAUCGUGAUUCACAAGGUAGUGAUAUCAAUUCCUCCAGAGCUGACACUUAUGACACGACAUCUACACCUAACUCAGUGCAUAUUCAAAAUAUUACUGAUAGUGACAGUGGGGAAGAAGCAACUGCAGAAACAGUAAUAGAUGUAAUUGAUCCUAUUCAUCCUAGACAUCACACAUAUUUUGACUUAAAACCUGUGUUGAAAAACUGCAUACCCGGCAAAUACAUUAUUGGCUUGUACGACACACAAAACAAAUUAGAUAAUGACGCAAGAACAAAACUAGUAGAUGUUUUAAUAGAGUAUGAACUGCGAAAAGAUCUAGAUAUUCGCAUAUCAAGAGCAAGAUUUGAAGAAUUGGCAUCAGGAAUUGUCAAGUUAUUCCCAACAGAACAAAAAGAGGUUUAUUUCUCCACCAUUUUAAAGCAUAAGGAGAGAAGAAAGAUAACAUGUGGCCAUGGAAAAUUAUUUUCCAGAUAUUUUAACUACAGAAGAAAAUUGAAGACAGCAAACUUAAUUUCCAGCUCUCGCUCAGUUACAAAUGAUGAUUUUGACGGCUUGGAGGAAGAGAGUGAUGAAGAAAUUUUGGAAUGCGUACAAUGGCUGAAAAAUAACCAAGAACCGUGGUCUAAAGUUGAAAGUUUCUGGAAAAAAACUUUCAAAAAAAGAUAUUCAGAUUUAAAAGGUUCAAUUAACAUUCAUGAAUAUUUUAACCAUUUCCAAGUACUAAAAGAAAACAAGGGAUAUACAUUGCUUGAAUUGGACUUUGAACUUUUGUUUCCUAAUGGAUCUCACUUAAACUUUUAUACAAACUGGAAAAACUUUUAUUCAAAAGUAUUAAAAAUAGCGGAAGGCAACAAAGACAAAAAUGUUAGAAAUAAAUUAAGAAAAUAUCCAUGUAAUAAAUGUACUAAACGGUAUAAGGAGAAAAGACACCUAUGGGAACAUGUAAAAUUCGAUUGUGGCAAGGAGCCACAAUUUCCUUGCCCAAACUGCAAGAAAAAGUUUAAAAGAAAGAGAACAUUAAUAUCACAUGUAAAGGUGAUGAACGAAGUUUUUGGUGUCAUCAGUGUCCAAAGCGAUGCUAAAAACCCGAACGAAGGCCUAACAAAUAGAAAUGAAAAUGUAUUUUCUACCGUGCUAAUGGAAAACUAUAGACACUUGUUGAACCUCUCAGCAUCAACAAAAAAUGAACCUCUGGACAUGACCAAAGACUCAGGAGACAGAUUUUCCUGCCCCAAGUGCUCCAAAAGCUACAAAAAUAAGCGACAUCUCUACAGACACCAGAAAGAGGAGUGCAUUGAUAUCGAACCGAAGUUCAUUUGCACCGUUUGUUUUUCCAAGUUUAGGAGAAAGUACCAUCUUUCUAGGCACAUGAAUGAUGCUGAACCAUUUAUAAGACAAAUGCUUCAAGGAAAUGUGUCUGAAAAGAGAUAUCAAUGCAUGAAGUGUUUGAAAAACUACAAACAUAAACAUAUUCUAAGACGUCAUUUGAAGUUCGAAUGUGGCAUAGAACCGCAGUUCCAAUGUUCAAUUUGUGGCCAUAAAAAGUGGUCUCAUCUAAUGAAUCAAAGAUUUACUUGCGAUCAAUGCGGUCGAUCGUAUAAACACAAGACCAAUUUAUGUAAUCAUAAACGUGAAGAAUGUGGAAGACCUCCUUCAUACUUUUGCCCUGUAUGCAAGAAGGGAUUUAAAAAGAAGCAGCAUCUUCAAAGGCACGUGACAGUGCACAGCGAUCUAGUUUUGACAGGACCGGCAAUGGAAGAAAUGAAAACAUUACUAGCGCCCAGUCAUAAACAACCCAGAUUUCCAAACCUAAUGCCAAAGUUAUCCAGCGAGGUUUCACUUUUAUCUAAAGACAAACCAAGUUUUCCACUUUUAUCCAACAUUCCUCGACAAGUACAAGUUAUACACAAUCCAUUUGAUUUGUUUUCCAAGUUAGGAGACAUGUCUUUCAUCAGUGGCAUUGGUGGGCAAGUACCAGCCCUAAACAAUGUUGCCAGUGCUGCCUUUGCGAACUUGCCACCUCCCGUUUCGACUCCUAGUAGUUUUAGUGGCACGCAGAAUCUGGAGGAACAAAGUCAACCUACAAGUGCAAUACAAACACCAAAUACUUCGACUACUGUCGAGUCAAAAACCAUGGCUUUCCCGUAUUUUGAUAAUUAUAAUAACUAAGUUAUUUAUAUAUCCAUUUUUCAAUAUUUUCAUUGGUUCGAUAAUAUAGUGGACUUUAUUAUUAGGGUUUAGAUUUUGCUGAAAUAUAGGGCGACGAGAAUUUUAAAAGGCUUUAGUUACAAAUUAUUUAAUGGGUUUAAGGUAAAAUUUUGUACUCCUGGAGUUAAACCAUAUUAAAAUCAUCGGAGGAUCAUUAGCCAAAUCUUCUUGUCUUGCUUUAAAGUAUAAUGUUCAGUUUUUUGUCGAUGGUAGUUUUGAGUUGAAUUAUGAUCCAAUUGAUUUUUUUAAAUUUAUUUAAAGCCAAUUAAACACUUUGUGGUCAUAGCCAUUUAAUUCUAAAUUCAAUUAUAAAAAAACCCUAUGUUCAGUUUAAAUGCAGCUAAAAACUUUAUGUUAGGUAAUUGCUUCCUAUUUCCUCAUUAAAACAAUAUUAGAGCAUUAAUAGUUUAAAUUAUUAUUGCAUAUAUAAAUGUCAAUAUAGUUGUAGGAUCAUUAUUUAUUCAACUCUUAAAACAUUAUAUUUAUAAUCAAAGAUACCUGUAAAAAAUUAAUAAAAAUGUAAUAUCAAUGUACUAUUGGUUCCAAAAAUAUAAAACGCACUUAAUGAAUAAAUAAGGAAUAUAAAAUUAACAUUUCAUUUUAACCACACAAAAGAAACAAGAAAAUGUACACUUGGUAAGAAAAAGCUCUGUUUUAAGAUGGGAGCACACCAACCUGACACGUGUUUUUUCCGAAGGAAAAUUUAAGUAAAAUUUCUACCAUUGCCAGACACUUAC